GUUUCUUUCUCUGGGAUGUGGUCUCCCCCACAGAGAAAAACAUUCCCUCUUGAAUUACCCAAGUAUAUCAGAGAGAGAGAGAGAGAGAGAGAGAGAGAGACUGUAUCUGCUGAUGAUGGCUGUCUUCAGCUCCAUCCUCCCAGAGUGGUGGUGAGACAUGGAGACCCAGUAUCAGUGAACUGCACUGUGUCUAUAGAUCACAGGGGGAUGGGCUGGGCAGCUCCAGUAGAUGACGUACCUAAUACACGUGGUGUGAAGUUUCUCACUUGGAGGGUGGAAAGUCUGACAAUCUGGGACUUAAUGCCUCAAUGCUAUGCAAACCAAGGUCUAGGAAAACCUCAAUGUAAAGAACGUCUCUCAGUCACUGUGUACAAUCCCCCAGACAGUGUUUCUGUCAGUUCUAUGGUCCGCAUGGUGGAGGGGAGUCGGUACCCGCUGAAGUGUGAGAUCCAGAACAUCGCUCCUGUUCAGAACCUCACUGUGAAGUGGUACAAAGGGGACACAUUGGUACAUGAAGACAGAGACUAUGUCAUAGAAGAUGGAAAGUCUGACAGAGAAAAGGCACCUGUGAGUGUGUCCUCCACCCUCCUGAUCACCCCCAGCAGAGCUGAUGAUGGAGCAGAGUACAGCUGUGAGGCAAAGCUGGACCUGGGACCAGAAGGACCACAACCCCCCCUUGCAGUGAAAUCAACACCCCUCAGUAUCACUGUACACUACCCACCAGUAAUCAAAGAAGGGAACGUCAGUGUGACUGUACCCCAGGGUGGGACGGUGUCUCUGCCCUGCAGCGCCGAGGGGAACCCCCCUCCUCAGAUCCAAUGGAGCUACAGAGAUGCUGAGAAUGUGAGGAUCACCAGCUCAUGGGGCAACAGCACUGCUGUCAUCGGAGAAGCCUCGUCUGCCAAUGAAGGGGUUUACAACUGCACUGCUACCAACAGGCUGGGGAGUGACACAACAACAGCGUUUGUCACCGUGACCAGCACCAGCACCCUACAGGACACAACAACAGCGUUUGUCACCGUGACCAGCACCAGCACCCUACAGGACACAACAACAGCGUUUGUCACCGUGACCAGCACCAGCCCCCUACCGGACACACCAACAGCGUUUGUCACCAUGACCAGCACCAGCCCCCUACCGGACACAACAACAGCGUUUGUCACCGUGACCAACAACAGUACCACACUCGUCCCAUCAGUACUGCCAACGCAGCGUAAAAAAUCAGCUGCUGAUGAUGGCUGUCCUGAGCUCCAUCCUCCCAGAGUGGUGGUGAGACAUGGAGACCCAGUAUCAGUGAACUGCACUGUGUCCACAGAUCACAGUGGGAUGGGCUGGACAGCUCCAGUAGAUGACGUAUCUAAUACACCUGGUGUGAAGUUUCUCAUUUGGAGGGUGGAAAGUCUGACAAUCUGGGAUAUAAAGCCUCAGUGCUAUGCAAACCAAGGUCCAGGAAAACCUCAAUGUAAAGAACGUCUCUCAGUCACUGUGUACAAUCCCCCAGACAGUGUUUCUGUCAGGUCUAUGAACUCGACUGACCCCAUGGUGGAGGGGAGUCGGUACCAGCUGAAGUGUGAGAUCCAGAACAUCGCUCCUGUUCAGAACCUCACUGUGAAGUGGUACAAAGGGGACACAUUAGUACAUGAAGACAGAGACUAUGUCAUAGAAGAUGGGAAGUCUGACAGAGAAAAGGCACCUGUGAGUGUGUCCUCCACCCUCCUGAUCACCCCCAGCAGAGCUGAUGAUGGAGCAGAGUACAGCUGUGAGGCAGAGCUGGACCUGGGACCAGAAGGACCACAACCCCCCCUUGCAGUGAAAUCAACACCCCUCAAUAUCACUGUGCACUAUUCCCCAUCGUUCCUUAGUGCCAAAAACGAAACUUAUUUGAUCGACAAGGAUGAUGAGGUGAGGUUAAACUGCACCGCUGAGGGAAACCCCCCACCUGAGUAUGCCUGGAGCACCCCAGGCUCCCAGGAGAAGCACCCAGAUGGGCCAGUGUUCAUCUCCUCCAUGCUGCCGCCUGGAACUUACACCUGCACAGCCAGUAACCCACUUGGAGAGGACAGCAAGCAGUUCGUCAUUGAGCAUAAGCGUUCAGGUGAGAAGCUGUUUCAUCCCAGAUCAGAGCUUUUCUUGAUUACAUCACAUCCGGCACUUUUAGUCAAUAUAGCAUUUCUCUCAUACGCCUUUAGCAGUCGAUCCAUUUCCAUCGUCCUCCGCUGUCUCGAUAAUUUGCUCCUAAAUCUAGAAAACCAGCCCAAACUGGGUCAGAACAGAAACGCCGGCCAGCCACCAUCCUUGGCGCCGAGACGCGAGAUGAGAUCCACGCAGGUGUCGUUCUUGUGCUUGAUCUUGGCCAUCGGAGCCGCUGCUGAUGAUGGCUGUCUUGAGCUCCAUCCUCCCAGAGUGGUGGUGAGACAUGGAGACCCAGUAUCAGUGAACUGCACCAUGUCCACAAAUCACAGUGGGAUGGGCUGGGCAGCUCCAGUAAAUGACGUAUCUAAUACACCUGGUGUGAAGUUUCUCACUUGGAGGGUGGAAAGUCUGACAAUCUGGGAUGUAAAGCCUCAGUGCUAUGCAAACCGUCCAGGAAAACCUCAAUGUAAAGAACGUCUCUCAGUCACUGUAUACAAUCCCCCAGACAGUGUUUCUGUCAGCUCUAUGAACUCUACUGACUCCGUGGUGGAGGGGAGUCGGUACCCGCUGAAGUGUGAGAUCCAGAACAUCGCUCCUGUUCAGAACCUCACUGUGAAGUGGUACAAAGGGGACACAUUGGUACAUGAAGACAGAGACUAUGUCAUAGAAUAUAGAGAGACAGGCAAAGAAAAGGAACCUGCGAGUGUGUCCUCCACCCUCCUGAUCACCCCCAGCAGAGCUGAUGAUGGAGCAGAGUACAGCUGUGAGGCAGAGCUGGACCUGGGACCAGAAGGACCACAACCCCCCCUUGCAGUGAAAUCAACACCCCUCAAUAUCACUGUGCACUAUUCCCCAUCGUUCCUUAGUGCCAAAAACGAAACUUAUUUGAUCAACAAGGAUGAUGAGGUGAGGUUAAACUGCACAGCUGAGGGAAACCCCCCACCUAAGUAUGCCUGGAGCACCCCAGGCUCCCAGGAGAAGCACCCAGAUGGGCCAGUGUUCAUCUCCUCCACGCCGCUGCCUGGAACUUACACCUGCACAGCCAGUAACCCACUUGGAGAGGACAGCAAGCAGUUCAUCAUUGAGCAUAAGCGUUCAGUGGCUGCCGACAGCUGCUCUCUGGAGCUGCGUCCCUCACGCGCGGUGGUGAGGUUCGGCGACCCCAUCACCGUGAGCUGCGUGGCCUCACGGCCUGUCCGUGUUCUGGGCUGGGAGGCGGCCGUCGGCGCGGCCCACACGCAGCAUGACCUGACCGUCCAGUGGGGAGUGGACAGUCUCACUGACUGGAUUGAGGAGCCCAUUUGCUACGGAGUGUUCUUCACCGCACCCAGACAGUGCGAAGAGAAGCUCCACCUUAUCCUCUACAAGACCCCAGACAGCGUCUCCAUCAGUUCACUGAACCAGAGUGGUCCGAUGCUGGAGGGGAGACAAUACGAACUGCAGUGUGAGGUGCAGAACAUCGCCCCAGUUCAGUACCUCAAUCUUAGGUGGUACAGAGGGCAGAUUGAAGUUUAUAACCAAAACUUCUCUGAGCUCACACCUGCAUCACCGGUCCAAGUGUCCUCCACCCUCCUGAUCACCCCCAGCAGAGCUGAUGAUGGAGCACAAUACAGGUGUAUGGCAGAGCUGGACCUGGGACCAGAAGGACCUCAACCCCCCUUGAAUAUGACAUCACGGCCCCUCAGUGUUACUGUGCACUAUGCCCCUUCAUUCUCCAGUCCAAGUGCAGAGGCACUGGUAGUGAAACAGGGUGAAGAGGUGAGGUUAAACUGCGCAGCUGAGGGAAACCCCCCUCCCAUCUACUCAUGGAGCACUCCCCACUCCCAGGAAAAGCUCACAGACGAGCCAGUGCUCAUCUCCACCACCCUGCCACCUGGGACCUACACCUGCACAGCCUCCAAUAAGCUGGGAGAGAAAAGCAAGCAAUUCACCAUCGAGCUUAAGCCAUAGGUUGAACUCCUUAAAUUUGCAUCAGAUGAACCUCACAGAGAAACCUUGGCACGCCAGUCUGUAAAAUACAUCGCAUUUGCCUCCUUCCGUUAAGUAUCUGGUGUGAUACAGGAAUCAAUAGUCUAGUGUUAGUUUUAUAUUUUUAACAUAACUGAAAUAUUGUUGUGUAAACAGUUGUAAUUAGCUCUACAAAUGUAAAUGUAGUUGUACGUUAUCUAAUUUUAACUAAACAAUCUAUAGUACAUAUUAUAUGCACAAAUACCUAUAUGAAUAAAGUUUGUACUUUUCCACCAUUUUGUGGAAACCAAAUGCAUUUCUCUUUCCGGAUCGUUACAGUCAUUAAAAGAAUGGUCUUUGAA